CGGAGCUCAGUUUGGGUCUGGAGAUCGAGGGAGAUGAGUGAGUCGUUAAACCCGCUCCAAUUAAGUUUGCAACAUUAACCCAGCCAUCCACCUUAUCUCCCUCAGGACAAGUGAAAGUUGAGACUUUUAAUGAGACUCGUCUAAAAAUUAUUCACGCGCUCCUCUCCAAAACUUUCUCCAAUUCUCAUAAUCCGUUCUCCUCCUUCUCCACCCUCAUCACCAUCACCACCGUCGUUGCCCCCCCCCCUCCAUCCACCUCUUCCAUCAAUAUAUGCAUUGUAUGGCCUCGUUCCCCCACAAUCGGAACUCGUGAUUGCUUCCAAGUCGAGCAACAACAACAAGAACUCUGUUUUGCCUCUCGCUGGAUGUGAAUAAGUGAGUUGAUCAAGUUGGAAAGUAAGUCGGAAAGUGAGUGAGUGGAGACUCAGGUAGAGUUGAGUGGAAAGCAGGCCACCCGGGACCGUCUAAACUCAACCAAAGUCAACGGAAGAAAGUUAAGCAUACAUGCAGUUGGCGGUUGUGUGUUGUGGUGUUGGUGACCAAGUGAAAGUGGAUCUGUGCGAGAAUGCAGGAGCCAGCAGUGAAAUAGUCCACGCCAGGUUGUACACUUAUCGGCCCUCGCAUCACUCCGCCUUGUACUCUCACCACACCUGUUGAUCCCCUUCUCUCCCUGCCACCACCACCUUCGGAAUCAUCAGAAUGGGCAGGCAGCGUGUCCUUCCAGUGGCCACGUCCUCCUCCCACUGGGCCAUCGUCAUCCUCUUGACCAGUGUCCUCUGGGGUGGUCGAGGGGGCCACUUGGUCGCUGCUGCGGAGAAAGUUAAGAUUGGAGCGAUUUUUGAGGCUGGGAGCACGGCGGAACAGACGGCCUUCAAGUACGGGUUGGCCUCUCGCAACCGAGGAGUGGCGGCGGAGGAACGUCGGCUGGAACUUCAAGCGCUGGUGAACGUCGUCAACACGGGGGACACGUUCAAACUCUCGAGGCUCAUUUGUCACCACUUUUCGCGCGGAGUGUACGCCAUCGUGGGAGUCAUGAGUCCGGAAGCUUUUGACACGUUCCACGCCUAUGCAAACCAGUUCCAGAUGCCCUUCCUCACGCCCUGGUUCCCUGAAAAGAUGGUCUCCUCCGCCAUGGAGUUCGCCACCAGCAUGCGACCAGACUUGGGCAGGGCGCUGAUUGACACCAUCCGCUAUUAUGGAUGGAGAAGCAUCAUCUACCUCUACUGCAACAUGGAGGGACUCCACCGCCUCCAAAGUCUGUUUCAGGAGGUGGCCGUCCUCUCGUCGUCGGGGAACGAGACACUGCGAAUGGACGUCGUGCGACAAGUGUCCUCGGCCGAGGAAGUGCUCAGCAUCUUGCAGGCGAUCGAAAUUGCCAACAGGUUUGGUCACAAGUACGUCGUGCUGGACUGUCCUGCUCCUUUGGUGCGUGAUGUCAUCUUGGCCCACGUGAUUGGACAGCAGCUGAGUCGCCGCACCCACCACUACCUCCUCCCCGGAUUGGCGAUGGAGGAGCCCUGGGAGUCUGCCAUUGUGGAGUACGGGACCCUCAACGUAACUGGAUUUCGUAUCGUGGACCCUGCCCGUAGGCUUGUCAAGGACUUUCUCGCCAAGUGGAGGACCCUCGACGCAGUCAACUUUCCCUCUGCCGGCACUCCCUUCAUCUCGGCGGAGGGGGCCUUGAUGUACGACGCCAUCUCCGUCCUCCACGAGGCCUUCGUCAAGUUUGGGCGGAAGAAGGCGGGCGAACCCACGACGAACUUGUCCCCUUCGGGAUGGCAAAAUGGGAGCAGGGAGGCGGCGGCAGUCUGCGCCACAGGUUCCGUCAUCGGCGCCCCCGUCCCCUUCGAGCUGGGGGAACGGAUUGGGAAGUGGAUUCGCAAGGUGGAGUUGGAAGGGUUGACGGGCACCAUCCGAUUCACGGAGGAAGGGCGUCGCCACAAUUUUUCCGUCGACGUGAUGGAAAUGUCCGUUCACAGCACGAAAGUGAAGAUCGCCCAGUGGAGUGACACUCAUGGCUUUGUCAAAGUCCCCCCAAAGUACACGCGACCCCCAAAGUUUGCCACCUUCCAGAAGAACAAGACAUACAUUGUGACCUCCAUAAUUGAGGAGCCCUACAUGAUGCUGAGCAAACCGCAGCCGGGCGAGGAGCUCAAGGGAAACGAACGCUUCGCAGGAUUCUGCAAAGACCUUGCCGAUAGAAUAGCGCACACCUUGAAGAUUAAAUACGAGCUGCGGAUGGUGUUGGACGGGAAGUACGGGAAUGAGGACCGGAGUGGGGCCUGGGAUGGGAUGGUGGGCGAGCUGGUUCGACGGGACGCGGAUAUUGUGAUUGCUCCGCUGACCAUUUCUUCCGAGCGGGAGCGUGUGAUCGACUUUUCCAAGCCCUUCAUGUCCCUCGGCAUCUCAAUCAUGGUUCACAAGCCCACAAAGGUCGGGCCCUCCGUCUUCUCCUUCAUGAGCCCCCUCUCUAACGAAAUCUGGCUCUGCGUCUUCUUUGCCUUCGUCGGGGUCAGCAUCGUCCUCUUCCUCGUGUCCCGCUUCAACCCCAACGAGUGGAAGAUGGAGCCGGACGGCACUCUGAGCACGUCCGCCAUCUCGAACGACCCCAUGUGGUUCUCUUUGGCGGCCUUGUUGCAACAGGGGUCGGACACGUCGCCGCGCUCGACGGCGGGUCGGAUUGUGGGCGCGGUCUGGUGGUUUUUCACCCUCAUUCUCAUCUCGUCGUACACGGCUAAUUUUGCCGCCGUCCGCACCGUCAACCGCAUGGUCACACCCAUCAACUCGGCCGAGGACCUUGCCGCCCAAACCGACGUCGAGUAUGGCACCCUCGAUCGCGGAUCCACCUGGAACUUUUUCAGAAGGUCACAAAUGCCAGUGUACACGAAAAUGUGGGACUUUAUGUCGACUCGGCCUCACGUUUUUGUGCGGACGUACGACGAAGGGAUUAAGCGAGUGAGAGACAAGCAGGGUAAGUACGCGCUGUUGGUGGAGUCGCCCAAGAACGAGUACACGAAUCAAAGGGAGCCCUGCAACACGAUGAAGGUGGGGAGAAAUCUGGACGCGAAGGGGUUCGGCGUGGCCACCCUCGGCUCACCCCUCAAACAGCAGAUCAACCUGGCCGUGCUGAGCAUGAAGGAGAGUGGGACGUUGAUGCAGUUGCAGAACAAGUGGUGGGAGGACCGGUCCGAGUGUCCGAUUGAGGAAAAGGAGGCGGAGGACACUGACGACGAGCUUUCCCUCCAGUCCCUCAGCGGCAUCUUCUACAUUUUGGGGGGAGGACUGGGCGUGGCGAUCCUGCUCGCCCUCCUCGACUUCUGCUGGUCCACGACCAAGGAGGCCAGAAAGCGGAAGAUUUCACUCCGAGAGGCAAUGCAGCUCAAGACGAGAUUGGCACGUGGCUCCAGCAAGACGACGGCGAUGGGUGGUGGCGGCGGCGGCGUCGGCGGUCGGGAGGACGAAGAUGACGCGACUCAGGAGGCAGCCACCCUCCAUCACUCAUCCUCCAUCGUGGGCUUCGGUCCGGGUCACCCAGACUUUGAGAGUCGCUACCCCUCCCUCCACCAUCCACACUGCCAGCGACACUUCCCCUCACGACAGCCUCCGCACCUCUGAUCCUCCUCCCAACGUCUCAUCAUCAUCACAACAAGUGCCUCUCCACUUUGUAUUUUGUCGCAACAGGUGCAGCCGCUGCUGACGACUGGAAUGCAUAUCGACACACACGACUGCUCGUCAUCACUUUUAAUCUUAACCUACUUAUUACACAACAGCCGCAGCCGUGCAUAGCCGCACUGCUGUACGAGGUGCUAUCAAGCCAUCACACAUCAUCACACUAACAUGUUCAGUGAUCCACUUACUUUAAUACACUUGUGUGUACCAUAUUCCUCACCAGAUUGAUUGAUGGAUGAAAUAAAAUGACGCUCGUCUUCUUCUAA